AUGCGCAUCCUCGUCUGGAACGUGAACGGGCUGGUGAGCCACCCACCGGCCCAAGUUCUCGCCUGUCCUUUGCGCCGUUGUGUGGGCCCGGCGGCGGCAGCGCUGACACGUGGUUGUGGGACGGAUGUUGCGCAGCCCCCCACGGCCAGGAAUGCCAUCCUGAGACACAAGUCGAUGAAAGCCUUUUUCGAGAGCUAUGGAGCGGACGUCGUCUGUUUUCAGGAAGUGAAGAUCCCUGAGGAAAAGUUGACAGAGCAGUUUGCAUGUGUGGAUGGGUAUGAGUCAUUUUGGUCAUUUCCAAAGGACAGGAAAGGCUACAGUGGUGUUACGACAUGGGUGAAGCUGCAAUUCUCUCCAGUCUCAGCUGAGGUGGACUGCUUGGGGCUGGGGGAUGGAGACAUAGACAGGGAGGGCAGGCUGGUUGUCACAGACUUUGGUGCGUUUGUCCUCAUAAAUCUGUAUGCCCCCAAUGCUGGUGAAGCCCCAUUGAGGCCCAGGCUUGACUUCAAGCUCAGGUUCUUUGAAGCCUUGCAAGCAAAGGUGGAAUCGUUGACAGAUGCUGGUCGUCAGGUUGUGCUGGUUGGCGACUUCAACAUUGCAUUAGAGGUGCGUGAUGUCCACCCUGUGUUUGAUCAUGCAUCAUUGUAUGGUCCAGAAGAAGUCAACGCUUUGAGGAGAAUCACCAGUGAUUGUUUAGAUGUGUGGCGGCAUCUGCAUCCUGACCGGACUGGGGUCUACACUGUCUGGAAUGAGAGGAAGAGUCACAGGGAGGUUAAUCAGGGCCUACGAAUCGACUAUGCACUAUGCAGCAAGGGGUUCCUUGACAAAGUGGUAUCAUGUGAGAUUCUCGACUCGCCUCGGAAAUGGAGCGAUCAUGCAGCAUUGAUGUUGGAGCUGAAGGACAUCGUCCCAAAGCCUGGGCGUAUACCAUGCGAUUUGUCGUCGCGCAAGAUGAAGAAAUUCAAGAAGCAGACUACCAUCAUGUCCAUGUUCUCCAAGAAGAGAACCGCUGAGGCGCCCAAUGAUGCGAAUCUGGGAGCCCGAAAGCAGAGGACGAGCGACCUCCAAGCAUGUGAGGGCCAUAAAGGAGAGUGCAGUGAGAAGUCUCCAGAGGACCAAGCUGCGAAAUAG